CGGCUCGGUUAAAAAAGUUUUUUUUUUUGUUUUGUUCGUGAAGGGAAGUUUUCUUCUUCCUCGGAUGAGGAGAAAAUCAGAGUUUUGAUUAGGUUUUUGAAAAUUUAGAUACAUCAAAUCUCUGGAAAAUAUGCUCUCAGAUUCAGGGGAGAUGCCUGCUGAUGGCGAUAAACAUUCUGCAGAGAACAGCAAGAAACGGAAGCUUAAGACUCCUAUCCAAGUUAUGGCCCUUGAGAAUUUCUACAAUGAGCAUAAGUACCCGAGCGAAGAAAUGAAGGCUAAGAUGGCAGAGGAAAUAGGGUUAACUGAGAAGCAAGUCUCAGGGUGGUUCUGCCAUAGAAGGUUAAAGGACAAACGUUCCGUUAAAGAAGAUGGGAACAACAUAGGAGGGAGUCAAGAUCGGUCAAGCGUUGUUCUUCAAGAUCGUGGCAGCGUGCUUCGACAGGAUUCAUGUGGUAGCACUAAGCAAACGGAUUACUGGAACGCGAAGCCGAGGGAAGUUGAAAGUCAAAGGCUUUAUGAUGAUGAUGGUGAAGAAGACAGCACAUCUUCGGAACGUCGAUCAUCGUUACACAAGAAUCUUGUCUCUAGCAAAGAUGUGGAAAGCUCUAGAUAUGUUGCACGUAGUGAGCAUCCUCAGGUGAUGAGAGGCUAUGGGUUUAGUAAGCUCGGGUACUUGAAAGUGAAGGGAGAUAAUGAGAAUGUUGCUAUUACUGCGGUGAAGAGACAGUUAGGAAGACAGUAUAGAGAGGAUGGUCCACCUCUUGGGGUUGUGUUUGAUCCUCUUCCUCCUGGUGCAUUUGAGCCUCAGACUAAUGUUAUAGUUCAAGAGCCAAUCUAUGUUGGGAGUCAAAGACGGUCUCACCCUCCAUACUUCACUGGAACUAGGAAGGGCUUUGUUCCUGGUCCUAGCUAUGAACUAGCUCGUAAAUCGAAGAUGCAUUCAUCAGAGGAUGAGGAUGAUGAUGAUGAUGAUGAUGACAUGAUGGGUGGGAUGGAGCCUAGUCUAGGAGAUAAGCAGAGUCUUCGGGAACCAAGUUUUAAAUCCCCUUCCCUCAGUUACUCUAAUACAGUCCCUGACCGCAAAGGUCUACCUCAAGGUGUCCCUUUAACUAACAACAAGAAGAGUCAUAUAAGCUCCAAAGGUCGGGCUGAAGGUUCGAGAAACAAUAUGACUGCCGACUUCCAUAAUCUCUCUGGAACCAAUCAGACUCAUGAUUAUGAUAAAAGCAUAUUCAAUGGUGGACGCCAGACCGGUUACCUCACUAAAUCUUCAAAUAUGUUGCCUCUGAGUAGCAGCCGAUCCUCUGAUUCAAUGGAGAGAGAUCCAUCUUCUGGAAUGGUGGGAAAGUAUCAUGGAGAGAAGAUGAAUCAUAGAAAAUUGCAUUCAAUCGGUGAACCGCUGGUUACCAAAGGAUUGAAACAUGGCUAUCCUCAACAACUUUAUACUCCAAAACCAUCAAACAGCGAGACUUUUGAAAGAAAAGACCAGAUAAACCGGUCUGGUGUGGAGUUGCCUUCUAGUUUCAAUGGAGACGAGACAGAAGAAUCUAGCUCUUCUUCUAUGGAUUAAGUUUUUUAAGAGGUACAAAAGGAAGAUUAGGAAGUUUUCUGUUUGUUUAUACCGUUUUAGGAUGUGAAUAAGGUUACAUGGUUUAAUAGGUAAGUUAAUGUUUUAGAGUUUUUUUCUACAUUUUGGUAUCCAUACAAUGAAAGAAGCAGUGAGCUAUUAACUA